AUGGACAGCGCGGCCGCCGCCUUCGCCCUGGACCCGCCAGCGCCCGGCCCGGGGCCCCCGACCGCACCCGGCGACUGCGCCCAGGCGCGCAAGAACUUCUCGGUGAGCCACCUCCUGGACCUGGAGGAGGUGGCGGCUGCCGGGCGCAGGGCUGCAGGGCCGGGGCCGGGGCCGGAGGCGCGGGAGGCAGCGGCGCGCGAGCCGUCCGGGGGCAGCAGCGGCAGCGAGGCGGCGCCGCAGGACGGCGACUGUCCCAGCCCCGGCCGUGGCAGCGCCACCAAACGAAAGAAGAAACAGCGUCGGAACCGAACCACCUUCAACAGCAGCCAGCUGCAGGCACUGGAGCGUGUGUUCGAGCGCACGCACUACCCCGACGCCUUUGUGCGCGAAGAGCUAGCCCGCCGCGUCAACCUCAGUGAGGCGCGUGUCCAGGUCUGGUUCCAGAAUCGCCGUGCCAAGUUUCGCCGGAAUGAACGAGCCAUGCUGGCUACCCGCUCUGCCUCGCUGCUCAAGUCCUAUGGCCAGGAGGCUGCCAUCGAGCAGCCCGUGGCUCCCCGGCCUACUGCGCUGAACCCGGAUUAUCUAUCUUGGCCAGCAUCGUCCCCCUACAGCUCUGUGCCUCCUUACAGCCCUGGAAGUUCAAGUCCUGCAACUCCUGGGGUCAACAUGGCCAACAGCAUCGCCAGCCUACGCCUUAAGGCCAAGGAGUUCAGCCUACACCACAGCCAGGUGCCCACAGUGAACUGACAGUGUGCCCUGGGCCCAGCCUCCUCCCUGGCCCAAUGACAGACAGCAGCAAAGGAAGUGGCCUUGUCUGUCCCUGGCCCCAGGCAGAAUGGGCAGCUCUCCCGUGCCUUCUCUCCAGUCCAGCUUCCUGAGUUCCAGAGGCCUGCUGGGGACUGGAAGUGCAGCUGAACACCUCUCUGCCUGCGGUGGCUGAGAUUGUGGCCGGAGGCCCCAGGGGUGGCCUGGCCAGAAGGCGGAGCAGGAGUCCGCCAAGGAACUCGCUCACUUAUGUAUUAAAACCAAAAAGCUUUUGUCUUUAAGGAAUA